UUCGCAGAUCCAUACAAGAAGACAAAAUUCCUGUCCUCCUUCAGACCUACUUCUUCCAUGAAACCUACUAGCCAUCUAACUGGAGACAAAUUGAGGGGCAGUCAGAUGCUGAUGGACCGUAUGGACUGAGAGAGUGGUUCCGGGAAACCCAGAGGACGCUUCAAGCAGGCAGCAGGGGGGUUUCUGAAGAAUCAGAAAUGGCUCCAGUUAAAAUCAACCAUGUGGUGUCCUUCACCUCUCAGGACCCCAGGUAUCCAGUGGAGAAUCUGCUGCAUGACGAUGGCAUUCACCCUUGGCUGAGCAGCCCCCAGGAUCGGAACAGGCAGCUGAAAGUGGAGCUGCAGCUGGAACGGGCUACUUCUAUUGGCUACAUAGACAUAGGGAACUGUGGCUGUGCCUUCGUCCAGGUGGACGUGGGGCGCUCCUUCUGGCCGCUGGAGCAGCCCUAUGUUACCAUGGUGCCCAGCACUACACUAAUGACGCCGGCUGACUCGAAGCUGGACAGGAACCGCUCCGGGGUCCGGAUGUUUAAAGAAGGCGAUUUCCUGGCGGCGGCACUGGGCGAGAAGUGGGAUCGCGUGAGGAUCACCUGCAGCCAACCCUUCAACAAGCAGGCCCAGUUUGGCCUCUCCUUCAUCCACAUCCGCACUCCGUUGGACCCUGAUCACAGCCACGCGGCGCCAGUUCCGCCCCAGACGGGUCUCGAGCCCACAGCCAGCCCCUGGGUCGCCAGCCCCGCCUUUCUCAGGACGUUAUUCCCGGAGGUGCAGCCGAGCAAGGGUGAUGAGAAGGAACAGAAAAGCCGAGUGCAGCUGCUGGAGCCCAGCUGCAGGCCUCACCCCCGCAGCCUGACCUGUCUCAGCCGGAUAGCCAGGAUGGUGCUGUCGGCGGCCCAGUUGCGCAGCCGCACUGUCCAGCCAGGUCCCAGUGGCACCUCUUUGGCAGCUGAGAGACAGGGGGGCAGCCAGGGGCAGCAGGGUGAAGAUCCAUCCGUGAGCCCUGUAGCAGCAGGCCCCAUGCAGGAUGUCCAUGACGCUCCAACCCUGAGGAGGGUCCGGGUGAAGCCAAGCAGGAGACGAAGAUCUCAAGGCACCGCACGGAGGUCAAUGCCCAGGCCUGGCACCCUGGGAGGAAGAGCCAGGAGCCGGGGAGGAAGGCCCAGUAAGCUGGAUGAUGAUAUAGAGGCAGGCGGGGAGAUGGGCACAUGCCCCAUCUGUGCAGGUUGCUUCAGCACAGAUCUCCUUCCUGUUCAUGCCUCCACCUGUGGGGAAGAUGGCUCCGUUCCAGACACAGCCUGGCCAUCCCCGCCACGGGAGGAUCCCCAGCACGAGGAGCCCCUCGAGACUUGGGUGCCGUGCCCCAUCUGCGAGUUCUCGUUCAGCACAGCAGAGGUGGAAAGCCACGCCAGCACCUGUGGGGAGCAGGCAGGAGCCCUGGCGACCCCCCACUCCUGGGUGUGGGUGGAAUAGGGCUGGCAGGGCCAGGCUGGGCUGUAGAGGCACAACGCUGGCAUACGCUCCCCUAUUCCUCCAUCAGCCCCGUAUUGAGGUAUCCCUGUGAGCCUUAGGGUCACUCUGCUCAGCUGGGUUGGAACCUCCUUUGGACUGAAGGGCUAUCGCCGUCAUGGUGACACUGGGAUACAGACACCAUGCCGUGGGCAUCCUGGAAUGUGUUCAGCCCUGGGGCAACUCCGUUGACUUCAGAAGGAUCACAGCAGGGAUGGUCUAGGAGCUGUACGGCACAGAGGAGAACGAUGGUCCUUACGACCUAAGCGUAUGACAAGAGACAACAGACAGAGACAAACUGAAGGGGGAGCACAAGGAAAUAAAAACUGUAUUAGCCAGCAUGGCAGGUGUGGGUCUCAGCACAUCAGUAGCCUGACCUCUGUUAAGUUUUUUGUCAGCCUCACAGCAAAGGAGAGUUGAGGGGGAAUUGGAAGGAGGACAAUGAUGACUCAGCCAGAGCCAGACAGACGGACACAUUCACAUACACCUGUGAUGCACGGACGGACUGUUUGCAGUGUUGGUGGAACUAUGUAUGUCCCAUAUUAGACAAGGUGUGGGAGGAGAUAUCUUUUAUAGGACCAAUGUCUGGUUGGUCAGAGAGAGAGGCUUUUGAGCCCCACAGAGCUCUUCUUCAGGUCUGGGAAAGGCACUUUGAGUGUCACAGCUAAAUACAAGGUGAGACAGGUUAUUAAGUAUAAGGAGUUAACAUGUUGCAAGCCCAUUCCAGGUGAAGUGGGCAGCUAAUGCCUCUGCAGUCACAUGCCAAAGGAGUCUUAGCGGGUUAUGGAUUGUUGUAAUGAGCCAUAAAUCCAGUGUCUUUAUAAAAAUCUGUAAUUUUUGGUGUCUAGCAAAGUUAAGAA